GUUACAUAUUUUAGAAAUUUCUCUUGUUGCAUCAGUAAAACUUUUGUUACUAGUAACAAAAAAUAACAAUCGUUUUUCAUAAGCUGUAGAAAAUUUUUCUAAACAAUUUCGCAUUAGCUAUGAGAAGACUAGUCUUUUCUAUUCCUCCUAAUCAACGAUUGAAAAACACAAUCAUUGCAUCGAUAAUCGUGCCAUUCUCUCUCUCUUGAAGGCGAAUUCCGAGCUUUCGAUCUAGUUUCUCCGGUUCUCUGUUCUUAUCAUCGGCUGAGAUCCUUCGAAAGUGGUCUAGGUGUGAGUCGUGGUGGUUCUCCGUCAACAGAGGUGUGGUGUUUCCCCGCUGAUGUGGUCGUGGCUCUGGAAUGGCGGAGGAGGAGCUUUGAAGCGGUGGUCUCCCGGUUGAAAAUGCUGGGAGUUGCUUGGAUGCUCCUCAGGCUCAGCCGCCGGCCUAGUCGCUGCCUCUACGGGGAAGUUGGUGGGGAUAAGGUGGUGUUUUUGUUGUUUUGACAGGUGGCUAGCGGUGGAUCUAGGAUCUACGAUGGCUGAUGCGGGGGUCGGAUUUAAAGGAAUUGGGUGAGCCACCGUCCCUUAGAUCUGCCGUAUUGGGUGCGCCGACUGUCCGGAUCGAACCAUGACGACUCUGGAAUUUCGGAUUUUUUUCGGUGAAGGAAGAGAGAGAAUAACUCCAAGCGUGAUGGGUUGCUAGGUCGGGAUCCGUCACCGUCGAACCGCUUCGUCGGAGAGACUAACUUUAUGGGAGGCUUGUGGUGGGUUGGUGCUUCGGAGGAGAGAGAUAGCUGCCGGAAACCGAAAUCCUGCAUCGGUUAUCUCAAUCUCCCGAUGCGGCCACGAAGCUGUCAGCUUUGGUUUCGCCGGAUCUAAAGUCUGGUUUCUCUGCGAGCGAUGAUCAACAGGGGUCGAGUCGAUUUUCUUUUUCCGGCGAGUUUUCCGGUAUACCGUUUUGUAACCGGGCUUUCUUUUGUUGUAGGUUAAGCCUUGGCCCAUUAGGGUUGAAUUUUUAAUAUAUAAAAAAAAGUUUAUGAUAAAUAAAUCGAUUAUUAAUACGUUGAUGUUAGUCGUUAUUGUUUGCGUUUAUCACGCACGUAGGAUCGGGAAAGCGAAUCGGAUCUUUUGUUGUUUGUUUUUUUUUACAAUUCAUUUAUUUAUAGUUCACUUUUUUCACUUUUUAGGAGUGUGGCCACUCGUGAGACAAAACCUCACCAACUUGUAUCAUUUUUCUUCUACGUUAGUUAGGUUCUCAUCAAUCGUUUCCUUAAUCCAAUGAUCCGAAUCAUUGUCUCUCUCUCUCUUCAUUCUACGCUAAAAAUGGAAACCCAGUUUGAAUUCGAGCAAAUUUGAGAUUUACAGCGAAACAGAGACUCUGUGACUAUGGCUUCCAAGAUAAAAACUGGUUUAUCUGAAACCACUUUGGGAAAAUCAUGUCCAGCAUCUCUAAGAGUGCCUAGGCUUACUCGGAUAGUGACUAAACCUGAAUCUACUUCUCCUUCACCGACUCAACAACAGUCACGUCUUUCCUUCGAGCGCUCUUCUUCCAAUUCAAAGCCUUCUACUGAUAAGAGGUCCCCCAAAGCUCGAACCCCACCAGAAAAAACUCAAAUACGGGCUGUGAAAGGAUCAGAAACACAACCUCGGUCAGUUCAAAUCAAGGAAGAUUUGAGGAAAGCCAAUGAGCUGAUAGCAUCGCUUGAGAAUGAGAAAGCUAAAGCACUUGAUCAACUUAAAGAAGCGCGGAAAGAAGCUGAAGAGGCAUCUGACAAGCUAGUUGAGGCUUUAAAUGCGCAGAAAAAGGCCCAAGAGAACUUUGAAAUUGAGAAAUUUGAGGUUGUUGAGGCGGGGAUAGAGGCGGUUCAGAGGAAAGAAGAAGAAUUGAAGAAAGAACUAGAGAAUGUCAAGAACCAACAUGCUUCAGAAUCAGCUACUCUUCUUUUGGUAACCCGGGAGCUGGAGAAUGUCAAUCAAGAAUUGGCUUAUGCUAAUGACGCCAAGAGUAAGGCUUUGAGUCAUGCAGAUGAUGCUAGUAAUUUGGUUGCAGUUCAUGCAGAGAAAGUGGAAAUCUUGUCAUCAGAGUUAAUGCGGUUGAAGGCUUUGCUUGAUUCAACCCGAGAGAAGGAAACCAUCUCCAAGAAUGAGAUUGCUUCAAAACUAGGAGCGGAGAUAGUGGAUCUAAAAAGAGACCUCGAGAAAGCGACAAGUUUGGAAGCAAAGGUCAAGGAACUAGAGAUGAUCAUUGAGCAGCUUAAUGUUGACUUAGAAGCUGCGAAGAUGGCAGGAUCUUAUGCGAAAGGCUUUGCUGACGAGUGGCAAAAGAAAGCGAAAGAAUUGGAGAAACGGUUGGAAGAAGCUAACAAGCUGGAGAGAUCUGCCUCGGUAUCUCUGGUAUCUGUGACAAAGCAGCUGGAGGCAAGCAAUAGUAGAUUGGACGAUAUCGAAUCUGAAAUGACUGAUCUUAAGGAUAAAAUCGAGUUAUUGGAGAUGACAGUUGCUAGACAAAAGGUUGAUCUUGAGAAAUCUGAACAGAAGCUAGGUUUUGCAGUAGAAGAAUCUUCUAAGAUUGAGAAAGAAGCAGAGAAACUGAAGAAUGAGCUUGAAACUGUGAAUGAAGAGAAAAACCAGGCUUUAAAGAAGGAGCAAGAUGCUACUUCAAGUGUUCAAAGGCUCUUGGAAGAGAAAAAGAAGAUCUUGUCAGAACUGGAGAGCUCGAAGGAGGAAGAGGAGAAGAUUAAGAAAGCAAUGGAGAGUUUAGCUUCAGCAAUGCACGAAGUGUCGAGUGAUUCACGCGAGUUGAAAGAAAAAUUGCUGAGUCAGGGUGAUCAGGAUUAUGAAACACAGAUAGAAGAUCUGAAGUUGGUCAUUAAAGCAACGAACAAGAAGUAUGAGAAUAUGCUUGAUGAGGCGAGACAUGAGAUCGAUGUUCUUGUCAAUGCUGUAGAACAAACCAAGAAACAGUUCGAAAGCGCAAUGGUAGACUGGGAGAUGAGAGAAGCCGGUUUGGUGAAUCACGUGAAGGAAUUUGAUGAAGAAGUUUCUUCAAUGGUGAAAGAAAUGAAUAGGUUGGGCAAUUUGGUUAAAAGGACAAAGGAAGAAGCUGAUGCAUCAUGGGAAAAAGAAUCCCAAAUGAGAGAUAGCCUUAAAGAAGUGGAAGAUGAGGUGAUUUAUCUUCAGGAAACUCUCAGGGAAGCGAAAGCUGAAACUUUGAAACUAAAGGGGAAAAUGUUGGAUAAAGAAACUGAGUUUCAAAGCAUUGUUCAUGAGAACGAUGAACUCAGAGUAAAACAGGAUGAUUCUCUGAAGAAAAUCAAGGAGCUAUCAGAGUUACUCGAAGAAGCAUUGGCCAAGAAACAUACAGAAGAGAACGGUGAGCUCAGUGAGAGUGAAAAAGAGUAUGACUUGCUUCCAAAGGUGGUCGAGUUUUCUGAGGAAAAUGGUUAUAGAAAUGCAGAAGAGAAGUCUUCUAAAGUAAAAACCCUCGAUGGCAUGAACAUGAAACUUGAGGAGGACAGUGAGAAGAAGGAAAAGAAAGAACAUUCUCCGGAUGAUGAGACAGUUGAAGUUGAAUUCAAAAUGUGGGAAAGUUGUCAGAUUGAGAAGAAAGAAGUUUUCCACAAGGGAAAACCAGAACAAGAGUUUGCAAAAGAAGAAGAGGAAGACUUAAACGUGAUAGACCAAAGCGAGAAAACCUCGCCUGUAAAUGGAUUAACCGGAGAAGAUGAACUGGUGAAGGAACAGGAAAAGAAGAAGAAGAAGACAUUGUUUGGUAAAGUUGGGAAUCUUCUCAAGAAGAAAGGACCCGUGAAUCAGAAAUAAAUGAAAGCAUCUCUUUAUUACUUACUACACUUUCUGAGGUAUUGCAAAAUCUAGCUAUUACAUGAUAUACACAUCUCUUUGCACCAUAUUGAUUUCUUCCUUGGUGUUCUUAUUUUAUUUUUUUGUUUUGUUUAUGGCUUCUGAAAUAGGUUUGUGUUAACUUGUUGGUUUAUGAUUCUUUUCUUCUUUCGAUAUCUUUUGGCUUAUCCUGUUUUUCAACAUCUUUUGUACCCAGAAAAUUAUUUUUGUUUGUGUUUA